GCAGGCCAGGGAGGCGUUCCUGAGGCGGGUGGCCAGCGGCCUGCUGGAGCGCGACAGCGGCGACGCGGCCGCCAGCAGGGCCAGGAUACACGAGAAGCACCAGAAGAGGCGCCGGAAGGAGCGGGCAGAGCGCAAGGGCCAGGCGGAGCUCAGCGGCGACGAGGCGCAGGCCGGCCCCGCCGCCGAGGCGCCGGGCUCCGAGUCGGACUCGAGCCCGCGGGUGUUCCCCGGCAGGCCGAACGCCUUCGCCGGCGGCGCGCAGGCUGCCGGCACAGGCUCGGACUCGGACUCCAGCCCGAGGGCGUACCCUGGCGUCCCGAACGCCGCGGGCAAGGGGGCGGCGAAGCCGCGCCUGGCACCGCCGGCGGCGCGGAAGCCGCGCGGGGCCCCGCCUGCCGCCGGGACGCCCGCGGCGCGGCCGCCGGCCGAGCCAGACUUGGAGGACCUCGGCAGCCUGGAGCGCCAGGCUCUGAGCAGGCUGGCUGGCGGCGGGCUGUUCGGCUGAUGGGGGCGGGGGCGUGCUCGGGCGGCGCCGUGCGGGUGAGGCUGCGCUCGGCAAGCGCCGCGCGCCGCGCACAGGGCUGCGGGCGGCCGCGGGCGGCACCCCGAUCCGACCCGCUUCCGGUGCUCGGCAGAUGUUCGGCCACCCUGCGCAGAUGCAAGAAGUCCGCGCGGAGCGCCA